UCCGAGCGCAACACUCUCCAGACUGAGCACAACACCCUCCAGUAUGAGCGCAACACUCUCCAGUCUGAGCGUGACACUCUCCAAUCUGAGCGUGACACUCUCCAGACUGAGCACAACACCCUCCAGUAUGAGCGCAACACUCUCCAGUCUGAGCGUGACACUCUCCAAUCUGAGCGUGACACCCUCCAGACUGAGCACAACACCCUCCAGUCUGAGGACAACAUCCUCCAGUCUGAGUGUAACACCCUCCGAUCUGAGCGAGACAUCCUCCGGUCCAUGUACGACCUCAAGGUUCAGUUCGACGCCAUGAAGUUCAAUCGUAACACCCUCCAGACCAUGUAUGACGCCGUCCAAUCUGAGUGCGACACUCUCCAGUCCAAACAUGACGCGCUCCAGUCCGGGUUCGACACAAUUCAUUCCAAGUACAACGCCCUCAGGGCUGAGUUCGACACCCUUGAGAUCGAGCGCAAUCUCCUCCUAUCCAAGCUAUGCACCCUCCAGUCCAAUUGGACAAACCAUCGGGGACAACAGACACAAUGUUGAUUGCCCCUGUAAGGGGGCGAAAGACAAAAAGAGUUUAAACUCAGUUAGAGAAAAUGCAGAAGGAGUUAGAAGAGCGGAGGGAGUUAGGAGAGCAGGACUCAGGAGAGCAGGGGGAGUCAGAGGACCAGAAGAAGUUAGAGGAGCAGAGGAUGUUAGAGCAGUAUAAGAAGAUGUUAGAGGAGCAGAAGAAGUUAGAGGAGCAGAGGAAGUUAGGAGAGAGGAAAAAGAAGGAGGGUUACCUGGAGGAAAUUAUACAAGAAUCAGAGUCAGAAGAAGAAGAGGAGCCAAAAGUUCGGUUUUCAUUACGGGAAUUUCUCGAGUCCAAACUUAUAGAUGGGGCAGCCUCAUCAACACAGUUGCCACCAUCAACACCUGGGACUCUUGAUAGAGCAAAAGGUGAGCAAAGUAUUACGACCAUUAUUGAUAGAUCUUUAAAACUGAGUGAAAUUCGAGAUCAAAGAAAGGAUUUCACACGUCAGCCAAAAGAACAUAUGGUCACUUGGUUACUUCGAUGCUGGGACAAUGGUGCCAGCAGUGUGUGGCUUGAUGGCAAUGAAGCUCGCCAACUGGGUAGCAUUUCCAGAGAUGCACGUGUGGACAGAGGUAUUGGCACAUGCCAAGAUCAGUCCUACACCCUCUGGAAGCGGAUGUUGAUAGCAGAAAAUGAAAUUUGCCCUAUUCACAGUCGGAUCAUGUCAUAUUGUAGGGAAGCAUCGCAGAUGGAAAGCUGCUGUAUGGAGCCCCACACGACAGGUUGCAGAGGCCACUGAAGGUAAGGGAGAAUCAAGUCAAUUCGCAGAGGUAAAGGCUGUUCAGCUGGCUUUAGAUGUGGCUGAACCGCAGAGGUGGCCAGUGCUUCAUCUUUAUACUGACUCAUGGAUGGUGGCAAAUGCCUUAUGGGGGUGGUUACAACAGUGGGAACAAAAAAAUUGGCAACGAAAGGGUAAACCUGUUUGGGCUGCUGAACUGUGGAAAGACAUUGCUGCCCGAAUAAGGAACAUUGUUGUAAAGGUGUGCCAUCUAGAUGCUCAUGUGCCUAAAAGUAAGGCUACUGAAGAACAUAAAAUAACCAUCAACACCUGGGGCUCUUGAUAGAGCAAAAGGCGAGCAAAGUAUUACGACCAUUAUUGAUCGAUCUUUAAAACUGAGUGAAAUUCAGGAUCUAAGAAAGGAUUUCACACGUCAACUGAAAGAACAUAUGGUCACUAAUCUUGUGUCCUUCUAUGAUGGAGUGACGGCGUUGGUGGACGAAGGGAAGGCGACAGAGGGGCUUAUGUGGUCUUUAGGACCUGUAUGGGGUCUGUGGGACCCAUAUGGGGUUGUAAAGCCUGCAUGGGGUCCAUGGUGCCCAUAUGGGGUCCAUGGGGCCCAUAAUGGGUUGAGGGCCUGAAUGGGGUUGUGGGGCCUAUCUGGGGUUAUGGGGCCCAUAUGUGUUUGUGGAGCCUGUAUGGGGUCUAUGGGGCCCAUAUGAGGUUGUGAGGACUGUAUGGGGUAGCGGGGAAUGUUUAGGGUCUAUGGGGUCCAUAUGAGGUCUUUAAGGUUGAUAUGGGGUCUAUGGGGCCCAUAAGCAUUUGUGGGGCCUGUAUGGGCUCUGUGGGGACUGGGUCAAAGGGGCCUAUAUGGGGUCUAUGGGGCUCAUACAGGGUUGUGGGGCCCAUGUAGGGUUGUGCAGCCCGUAUGGGGCCUAUGGGGCCUAUAUGGGGUUGUGGAGCCUGUAUGGCGUCUAUGGGGCCCAUAUGGGUUCUAUCGAGCCCAUAUAGGGUUAUGGGGCUUGUAUGGGGUCUGUGGGACCCAUAUGGGGUUGUGGGGUCUGAAUGGGGUUGUGGGGCCCGUAUGGGGUCUAUGGGGCCAGUAAGGAGUAUAUGGAGCCUGUAUGGGGUUGUAAGGACGUUAUGGGAUUGUGGGACCUGUAUGGGGUUGUGGGGCUUAUAUGAGGUCUAUGGGGCCCAUAU